AUGGGUCAAUUACGUAUAGUUCCGGGAGGUUUGCAACUACUAGGGCAGGCUAUCGUGCUGGACUCUCUUUUCGCGUCCAGUAUCAAGUCACGCCGAGGUCAACCCAUCUCUGUUGAAUCGUCCAGAAAUUUUACAGUUUCUACUCGAGACUCACACGGAUCUGUUCAGAGUAGGUUAUUAUUAGGUCACGAUCGCUUAGAAGUGAAUGUGGGAAGACUAGAGGUACGGGAUGCACGUGGCAGCUUAUUACUGGGUGCGACACAAGAUUCAGUAACAGUGGGUGCCGAUAACCUCGUUGUAACGAGUCCAGCUGGUGCAUCCUUUCAUACUGCAGUUCAAUCGCCAGUUGUACGUGCACCGCCAUCGAAACAAUUAGUGUUGGAGUCGUCAACACGGUCGUUAGAGAUGCACGCAACCCAAGCUAUAUCCAUGCAAUCCAGAGCUGGUGACAUAAGUGCGAGCUGUCUCACCACCUUCCGACUGCGUUCUGUCGCUGGCGCGAUACGGUUGGAUGCUCCAAAUAUAUACAUGCCAAAACUAAAAUCAGCCCUACCUCUACCUCCGUCAACACCACACACACAUGACCCGCAUCAUCAAAAUAUUUACCAACUUUGUGCUUGUGCUAAUGGCAAGUUAUUUUUAGCUCCGCCACAUGGCGUUUGCGCUGCCAGAGAAGAAAGCCUUAUCUGCCGAUGA